AGCAGGGUCGCGGAUUGGCGGCCGCGCUCGCGCCGCCUCGGUUCCGCUUGCGGGACGGCAGUUCCGAGCUCUCCCCGCUCGCGUGCGGCCGCGCCUUCCUCACCCGCCCCCUCGACCUUUUCGGAGACUUGAGAGUAUUGAAGGAUGUUCGUUCCAAGAUCCCUGAAAAUCAAGCGGAACGCUAACGAUGACAGUGGAAGUUAUGUAGCCAAGAAAGUGAAACCCGAGGCAGAAGACCGGGGGCUGGAUGCAAGUGGGGAUGGUCUCGCCGAUGCCUCGGGUACCAAAGGGGCUGCCGCAGCGGCCCACCAGGGGGCCCAACCGCGCCCUAUCCCUGGGCCUACUGGCCCAGUGUCCGAAGGGACUCUGCCCGACUCCGAGCCAGGGACACAGGCUGGCGAUCUCCCCGAAGAGCCGGUGAAGUCCUUCUCCAAAACCCAGCGGCAGGCCGAGCCCGGGGAGCCGGUAUGCGUGGUGUGCGGGCGGUACGGCGAGUACGUGUGCGACGAGACGGACGAAGACGUGUGCAGCCUGGAGUGUAAAGCGAAGCACCUGCUGCAGGUGAGGGGCGCGGAAGCGGCGUCCCAGCCGAGCCGUCCCCAGAAAGCGGGCUCCGAGCCGGCGGCGCCGGGCCCUGCCCCCUACGUCUACACCGAGCACGCCUUCGUCGCGCACCUUCGGGAGGACCAGAUUGAGACCCUCAGGCGGCAGCUGGGGAUCACGGUCCGAGGCCGAGGCGUCCCCAGGCCCAUCGUUGACUUUGAGCACUGCGGCUUCCCCGAGGCCCUAAACCGCAACCUGAAGGCCUCCGGUUACGAGGUGCCCACUCCCAUCCAGAUGCAAAUGAUUCCGGUGGGCCUUCUGGGUAGGGACGUGCUGGCCAGCGCCGACACCGGCUCCGGGAAAACGGCCGCCUUCCUGCUUCCGGUCAUUGUGCGAGCUCUGUCUCAGAGCAAAUCGCCGUCGGGGCUGGUCCUCACGCCCACACGGGAGCUGGCCAUCCAGAUCGAGCGGCAGGCCAAGGAGCUGAUGAGCGGCCUGCCCUGCCUGAGGACCGCGCUCCUGGUGGGGGGCCUGCCUGUGCCCCCCCAGCGGCACCGCCUGCGCCAGCGCAUUCAGGUUAUCAUAGCAACUCCUGGGCGACUUCUGGAUAUAAUAAAGCAGAGAUCUGUAGAACUCGGCAGUAUAAAAAUUGUAGUAGUGGAUGAAGCUGACACCAUGUUAAAGAUGGGCUUUCAGCAGCAAGUGCUGGACGUUCUGGAGCAGCUGCCUCACGACUGUCAGACCAUCCUGGCGUCAGCCACGAUCCCGGCCAGCGUGGAGCAGCUCGCCAGCCAGCUCCUGCGCGACCCCGUGGCGAUCACCGCCGGGGAGAGGAACCGGCCCUGCCCGAGCGUGCGCCAGAUCGUCCUGUGGGUGGAAGAGCCAGCCAAAAAGAAAAAACUGUUUGAAAUCUUGAACGAUAAGAAACUCUUCAAGCCUCCAGUGUUGGUUUUUGUGGACUGCAAGCUGGGAGCAGAUCUGUUGAGCGAGGCCGUGCAGAAAGUGACGGGUCUGCAGAGCGCCUCUGUGCACUCAGAUAAGACUCAGACGGAGAGGAAGAGCACGCUGGAGGGGCUGCUUGAAGGUGACUAUGACGUUGUGGUGAGCACAGGGGUCCUGGGAAGAGGCCUGGACUUGGUCAGCGUCAAGCUGGUGGUCAACUUCGACAUGCCCUCCAGCAUGGACGAGUACGUGCAUCAGAUUGGAAGAGUGGGGCGAUUAGGUCAACAUGGAACAGCGAUCACUUUCAUCAAUAACAACUCAAAAAGACUCUUCUGGGACAUUGCAAAACGCGUGAAACCCACAGGGUCCCUUCUGCCCCCACAGCUGUUAAAUUCCCCGUACCUUCACGACCAGAGAAGAAAGGAGCAGCAGAAAGACAGACAGACGCAGAGCGAUCUGGUUACGGGGGCCAAUCUUAUGGACAUUAUCAGAAAGCACGAUAGAAGCAGUGCUCAGAAGUGAUUUGUUACACCACCUUGAAUCACUUUUACUGUGUACCGUCAGUGAAAGUUCUGUGCACUGUUACUGUGUGGGUUGAUAAAUGCGACAUGUACCUGAAACAGAAAAUUAACAUGAUGUAAAAAGUUUUAAUAAUUGUUUAUACAGCCAUAUUGUAUUUAUUUACCUUUUAAAUUUUCCUAAAUUA